CCCGCCCCCAAUCUCCUCCUCUUUUUCUCACUACAAGCGGUUGCUGAUGCUGAAGCUGAGCGUCACUUCGGCUCCCACGGCAGACAUGGCGACAUUGACAGUGGUCCAGCCGCUCACUCUGGACAGAGAUGUUGCCAGAGCAAUUGAAUUACUGGAAAAACUGCAGGAAUCUGGAGAAGUACCAGUGCACAAGCUACAGUCCCUCAAAAAAGUGCUCCAGAGUGAGUUUUGUACUGCUAUUCGAGAGGUGUAUCAAUAUAUGCAUGAAACGAUAACUGUUAAUGGCUGUCCUGAAUUCCGUGCCAGGGCCACAGCAAAGGCAACAGUUGCAGCUUUUGCAGCUAGUGAAGGCCAUUCCCACCCUCGGGUAGUCGAGCUGCCAAAAACGGAUGAAGGCCUUGGUUUUAAUGUGAUGGGAGGAAAGGAGCAAAAUUCCCCCAUUUAUAUCUCUCGCAUCAUUCCUGGAGGGGUGGCCGAAAGACACGGAGGCCUCAAGCGAGGAGACCAGCUACUAUCAGUGAAUGGAGUGAGUGUGGAAGGAGAACACCAUGAGAAAGCUGUGGAACUACUCAAGGCUGCUAAGGACAGCGUCAAGCUGGUGGUCCGAUACACCCCGAAAGUCUUGGAAGAAAUGGAGGCUCGCUUUGAAAAGCUACGGACAGCCCGGCGUCGGCAGCAGCAACAAUUGCUAAUUCAACAACAGCAACAGCAGCGGCAGCAACAAACACAGCAAAACCACAUGUCAUAGGUCCUUGAAGCUACUUGAUCAAACACCCAGUAGUCACAAGUUUGAAACCGUGCUUCAGAAUCCCAGCACAUAGUAAAGGAAAAGACAACACUGAUAAUUAUACCUGUCAAGAAACUGUGAACACGUGGUGUAUAAAUUCUUUACAAAGGCAACUCGACACCUUCUUUCUCUGGGGCUAAACCCCCGCUGCUCACGUGCUCUUUACACACACAGACCUUCCAUUCACUGCAGUGGGAAUUCUCAGUGUGUAAAGGGAGAGGUUUUCCAGUCUGCAGACUGAAACAGAAUAAGAAGAAUAAAGUCCAUGACUUUCAGAUAAAUCACCAGGGCCAGGGUUAAGUGAAUCUUGGGUCUAUAGCUUUUCCAGGGAAUAACAAAUCCCUCAUUAGGCUAUAGUUCAAACUGCAUCAGUUCAAGGUUGUCGCCACUUAAAAGAAACCUACACAUUGCCCCUCACCCAGACCUGUUCCACGUCUGUAUUGCUGAGUUGUCUGAAUUAGAAUUCCAGUUAAUUGCAAAUUCAACCUCUGUUCCCCUCUUGAAAAUGGCAAGUUAUUAUACUAUAUUUAUACUCAAUUCAGGUUCUAGAAGCAUUUGGCUUUUUAUUUUCUGUUUCCAUGAAUUUUAUUAUGCAUUAAUAGAGUGGGCAAUUUCAACUCAACUUUUAGUUAGUUAAAAGCAAGGAUAGAGAACUCUAGUACUGUUUUUUGUUUUUUUUUUAAUUUAAGUCUUGCUUGUAUCUAUUCUUAUUAAUUCUAACAGAAUAUAAUGUCUUUUAUUCCACAAAAUAUAUAUUAUCAGAGUGUAUUUGUUACAAACUUAGGUCUUUUCUUACCAAGUGUUAUGAAUCUGGUAAGAGAAUACUAGCAAAAGGACCCGGCUUCAUGAACUGAUCCUCGUAUGAUAUUUAUAUAUAACCCUGCUCUCAAUAUUUUUUGUUAAUUUUAUAUUUUUGAUUGAUAAACUGGAGAAAUUUAAACUCUUUUUACCUACACGGAUGUGCUGUCAUAGAAGUCUGUUUGAUAUUUCAAAGCUUAGGGCUUUACAAAACUAAAUUAUGGAUGUGCAUAUAUAUAUAUAUAUACAAAUAUAUGUCAUACAAAAUCUAGAUCAUUUUUCCUAAGUAUAAACUGGAUAUGUUUGGCAAUAUAAGAUCAAAAGUAUUAUUCCUCUUAAAAUUAGGCAUAAGGAAACCAGAGAUAUUAAUAUUGUGAAUGAAAAGAUAUUGCUGCUUCUACGGUAAAAAUAUACCUACUUCAUUACACAUAUUCAUGUACGUAAAUAGUGAGAUAUCUUUCAGAAAGUAUCAUUUACUAUAAAAUGAUCUGUUAAAAUCAUCUAUACUGAUCAUAACUUUUAACUUAUGGUGAAUCUAGGCACAUAAGUCUGAUUUUACUUUAUGGAAUUAGCAGGAAGCAAUAAUUAUUUGGGCACUUAAAUACCUUAGCCACACAAAUGUACCUGAAGAAAGAAUAAAUGUCCAGUUGAAACAUUCUAGAGAGAUCAUUAAAACUUGAGGCAAAUAUUUGAAUAUUCCGUUUUCUCAAAUGAAGAAACUGAUUCCCCAAGAGACAAUAAAUUUCACAUUUCAGAUAGUCCCUCAAAUUAGAAAUUUAUGAAGCUCAGUUUAGGAACUGUUUUCUUGAAAAUAAAACCAAUUGGAACUACCCCACAUGUUUCAUUUUGCCCUGUCGGGUGGUGUUAUUGUCAAUACCAAGUUCUGCCUACUCUUCAUAGCCCAUCACUCAACAGAGGACAAACAGUAAGGAAACCAGGAGGUGCACCUAUUUCAGCAAUGUCCUGCCGUGGUAACAGAUUCCCCUUCUUGAACACGUAUCAUUUUUUACUAGAGAGAACUGGGGUGGGGGUGGAGCAAGGGUGAGGACCCUGAAUGUUAUGUAAAAUAGGGUUACAAAAGAAGUAAGCAUGACUAAGGGAAUGAAUGAAGAAUACAGGAGUAUUAUUCAGUUUGAAAGAGGUAGUUCCCAUUUUUAUAAGAAAAAUUUAAUAAAACAUAUAUUUUAGUUAUCAUUUAACAGAAAAAUAUUCAAGCUAUUCAGGCUAUACCACAGACUGUCAUAAAGGGAAAUCAUUGCACCCUUGUGAUGAGGAAAUGGUCAUUUCAACACAUCUCAGUACACUGUAUAAAUUUGGAGCUUAAGGUAUGUUUUCGUUUAGCCGUAAGUGAUUGGUUACUAUUAAGUUAUAUGUUUUCAUGUCAAUAUAAAUAUUGUCAUGGUGUUACAGAAGCAACUGUCAAAUGGGCAGACAGCUUACAUUUGUGUUUUCUGGAAACCUUUGUAUUUUAUGCUUCAUUUGCAUAAUGUUUUGUGCUAAUAAAUGUAUGCCAAGUCGUUUAUCCAAGUGAAGGGGCAAUCCAUCACACCUAAGGCAUCUAAGGACAGAUUACAUGUCACACUAGUCCUGUUUACAAAUGACCAGUCAGAUGGCCAGUUUUCUUCAGUAAAAUCUAGUUGCUGAAAUGUAAGCUUUCCCCUAAAGUUUUCGUCAAAAGUAGCUACUUUCGUCAAAAGUAGCCAGUAGACUUAGAGAGGCUGCUUGUGGUUGUCUGAAGGUUCACUGAAGCCAGAGGGAAAAGGAAGAAAGUUACCACAACUUGUAUUAAUGCCUUUUAUUAUUACUGAUCAUA